AUGGCGCCCACGAGCGACACGUCGGGUCUGGAGCGACCAAGCACACGGCCGGCGGGAAGAGGAACAGGAGCAGGAGGCGGAGGAGAGGAGACUGAGGCUCCCGGCCUGGCGGGCCGCGAGCGCUGCGUGUCUGAAAGACUGCCGCCGCCGCUGGCCGGCCGGAGAGGCCCUCGCCUCGCCUCGCCUCGCCUCGCCUCGCCGCGCCUGGCCCGCAGGCAUCCCGCCGCCCGCAGCGCCCCGGCGCGGGUCUUCGGCGUCGGCGCAGUAGGCGCGCAGCGCGCUCGCCCGCCGCUCGCCUCAGUCUGUGGCAGUCGGGCCGCGCGCGCACAUCCCAGGCGAGACGCCGCCGCCGCUGCCGCUGGCCUCGCAGCCGCCGUGCCGCCGCUCAGCGCCAUGCCGUCUACCGCCGCCGCGCGACGCCUCCGCGCGCUGCCGUCGCCGACGCAGCCCGAGCCGCGCCUAACGACGCAACCCCGUGAUUGA